AUGGCGGCGUCGUGUAUAAUCGCACUGCUUCUAACGGGCAGCUGCCACUAUCGAGGCUCCGCAGGGGCAGCCGCAGUGGUAACCACUCCACGAACACCUUCGCCAAAGGUUCCGCCGACUCUCCCCGCGAGGCGCACACCUGGCGGCAGAAACGGUGCGGCUGGGGGAACCGCCACGUGGCAGCAGCCCAGCGAUUCGUGGCAGCCGGAGCUGACGCUCGGCGCGCGUUGCCUGGACGGCAGCCCCCCUGGGUACUACUUCCGCCCGGGUUCGGGGGAGGGCGCGGACGCGUGGCACGUGCACCUGCCCAUGGGCGGAUGGUGCUUCAAUCUCAGCAGCUGCUCUGAUCGCGCCAAGACUUUCCUGGGGUCGUCACGAGCCGACCUGCAGCAAGAGAACCCGUACCGCCAUGCGCGGUGGGGCUACCAGGGCAUCUUGAGCAGCAGGAAGAGCGUGAAUCCGCGUUUCUACAACUGGAACGUGGUCGUGCCCACCUACUGUGACGGAGGGGGGUUCUCGGGCAGGCGAGGGCCGGUGAGGGUGCAUGGUCGCAACGUUACGCUUUAUUUGGAAGGAUGGAAGAUCAUGAAAGCCGUGCUGAAUGACCUCCUCACCAACCGGGGGCUCCAUUCCGCCACCUCGCUGCUGCUCUCAGGGGCGUCAGCGGGGGGGCAAGCGGUGGCCACCUUCUGUGGCCUCCUUGCUAACUCAGUCGCCCGCACCUCUGCGGUCAAAUGCCUGCUGGAUUCCGCCUUCUUCACUGACUCAUUCGAUCGAAACGGCUACCCCUAUUUCCAGCACAUGGUGAAGAACAUGGCUGAGCUUCACGAGUCUGUGGGCAACCCCAAAUGCGCAAAGGCGCAACCCCCUGCCAUGCGCUGGCGCUGCUUCUUCCCGCAGUACGCGCUCGCCUUUGCGACUCCGUUUGCCGCUCCUCCAACUCACCCCGUCCCUCACUGUCUUCUGACUCACCCCAUCACCCCCCUUUCCCUCCCCCCAGCACAACCCCCCGCCAAGAAGUGGCGCUGCUUCUUCCCGCAGUACGCGCUCGCCUUUGUCACGCGCCGCCCGGUCUUCAUCGUGCAACCACUCUUUGAUUUUCGCGCCCUCGUGCGCGGUAACCAGCUGCCCGAGGACUACGGUUACGUAUUAAACUGCCUGCACUCGCUCCUCUCCCUGCCCGUCCUCCCGGAAAAAAGGAAGAAUCCGGGGAUGUCUCGCCAAGCGUUUGACCUAGCAGUGGCUGCUGAGGGGGGGAAUGAUGAGAGGUUGUUACGGGGUUGGAAGCAGAUUGAGGAAGAUGGAUACACUUCGUACUCCGUAUGGGCGGAAGCGAAUGCUCGAGAAGCACCUGUAGUGGCAGCAAGCGGAGCAGCAUCAGACAAUGUGCUGAUGACACAAGGGGUAGGUGCCGCAAGCGAGGCUGCAUCCAUUUUGCAAGCUGGAGUGAAUUCAACCGAAGGGCCGACGUCAUUCUGCAAGCCGGAUGAGUUAGUGGCGAUAUUAACGGUGGCGAAUAAUGUUGCGAGGUUCACGAAGAUGCUUAGACGAAAGAGCUUCGGCACGUUCUUGCCUGCGGAGUAUGAGCAUGCGGUAAUCACAUCUGAACUCUGGACGAGUAGUGUCGUUAAUGGGGUUACAAUGAGGGAUGCUGUUGCUAACUGGUACUUCUCAUAA